AAGACUUGUCAAUACGUUCUUCCUUGCUUGUCUGCCAUGCCACUGGGCAUAGUUAUUGCUUUCACAAGAUACUUUUACAAUAAUUCGAGACAGUGACAAAUAAAAACUGCAAAAUGAGUUAUUCCAAAUUCGACUUGACCUUUAAAAUAGGUCAAUACCUUGAUCGGCAUUUGGUAUUUCCGUUGCUUGAGUUUUUAGCUGCUAAAGAGACUUAUGAUCAGUCGGAGCUCUUGCAGGCUAAGUUGGAAAUUCUUAGCAAAACUAACAUGAUUGAUUAUGUUAUUGACAUUAGAAAAAUGUUAUACCCUGAUGAGGAUACCCCUGAGGAAAUUAAAGCAAGAAGAGGGGUAGUCCUUUCCCAGCUUCAAGAACUCCAAGAUGCUGUGGAACCAGUGUUGAGACUCAUGCAGAGAGAUGAUGUCAUGAAAACAGUGGAAACUAUGAGGGACCCUAAAACUCUCAUUAAUCAUCUUACUACCAACAAAGAGUUUGAGUUCAAGAUUGAGAUGAUUGAUAGCAUGUAUCGGCUAGCCAAGUAUCGCUAUGAGUGUGGUAACUAUGUGGAGUCAGCUUCAUACCUUUAUUUCUGCCAACUGGUCAUGUGCCCAACAGACAAGAAUUAUCUAUCUGUGUUAUGGGGUAAGUUGGCAAGUGAGAUUUUGGUACAAAACUGGGAUGGGGCUUUGGACGAUCUAACGAAAUUGAGGGAGUUUAUUGACAAUGGUGGCGCUGGCGCGACUGCUAAUAAUAUGCAAGCCCUUCAGCAGCGUACUUGGCUUGUACACUGGUCUCUUUUCGUAUUUUUCAACCAUGUUAAGGGCCGUGACCUCAUAAUUGAAAUGUUUUUGUACAAGCCUUUGUACUUGAAUGCUAUUCAAACUAUGUGCCCUCAUAUCCUCCGUUAUUUGGCUACUGCUGUAAUUAUAAAUCGGUCCAGAAGGAAUGCUCUGAAGGAUCUGGUCAAAGUCAUCCAGCAAGAAGCUUAUACUUACAGGGACCCCAUCACAGAGUUUAUAGAGCAUCUGUAUGUAAACUUUGACUUUGAAGCAGCUCGCAGGAAACUUAAUCAGUGUCAAGCAGUACUCUUGACGGACUUCUUUUUGAUUGCCUGUUUGGAGGAGUUUGUUGAAAACGCCCGACUUAUGAUUUUCGAGACAUUCUGCCGUAUUCACCAAGUUAUCAGUAUUGGAAUGUUAGCGGAGAACUUGAACAUGCAGCCUGAUGAGGCUGAAUGUUGGAUUGUGAACUUAAUCCGUAAUGCCCGCCUUGACGCCAAGAUUGACUCCAAGUUGGGUCAUGUCGUGAUGGGUGCGCAACCCUUGUCUCCGUACCAACAACUCGUAGAAAGGAUCGACUCUUUGGCUGUUCGAUCUGAAGCUCUUACUUCAUUAGUGGAACGCAAACAAAAAGCGCGCAAUCAAGAUAUUCGUUGGGGAGCUCAAGAAUUUUAAUACUGAACAUCUGUUCAUUCAUUUCAUAAACAUAACUUCAUUAUACCUAACUAAGCAAGAUUAACUAAGUUUCGUCACCAAAACUAAUUAUUGCUCUUCAGCUCAUCCAUGAAGCAGUUUUUAUUAAAUAUACAUAUUUAUACCAGAA